AUGCAAGUGCUCACCACUUUCUACAUUCUAGUAUUGUCCCUUUACUCUUUUUCAUGCUUUGGUGUGGGUGAUGACACCUUUGACUGGUGGAAAGAUGAAAACAACAUCUUGCCAAGCGAAGAAUUUGCCUACUUUCGACAAAGCAAAAGUAGAACAAGUCUAGAAAAUGUGCAAAACGAAUCUCCAGCACCGAAUAUCACGCCAACACAUCGAACAACUUCCUCUCAAAGCUCCAAAGCCCAGGAUUAUCAUUCACGUAAGAAAGAAUAUUGGAAGCAACGAAGAUUACAUAUCAUGCACAAAGAUCCAGCAAGGCACAAAAAAAGCCUAGAACGAAGAAGAGAACUAAAUAAAGGCAUCUCUGCCGAAAAGAGGGAAGCGAGAUUGGCAGUCCGACGACGUCAAUGGGAAGAGAAAAAGAUGCAACAAAGACCAUUGACAUAUGAAGCUUUUAUCAACGAGAAGGAAAGGAAAAAGAUUGUCAAUCACCGCUAUAGAACAAACCUAAAAGCAAAAGCCGAAGGGGUGUCAUCGCAUUGUAUUGCCUUUGCGCUUGAUCAUGCUAAUUGCACAGCCGAUAUAGCCCCGAGUGAUCUCGUGGGAUGUCUGCAUUUAAUGUUCGCAAUCAUUCUGCUUAUCGUUCUUCUCUUUGAUCACCAUGCAUGCAAUAUGAUUAGGCUGAUUUAUGUUCUCCUUUUAGCUCUUACUUAUGUCAAUUGUGUCAAAGAUGAUAUUUUCAAUUGGCUUCAAGAUGAUGAUAAUAUUGUCUCAUCAAAAGAUUUGGCAAUCAUCAAAAGGACACAGAAAGAACAGGAAGAAGAAAGAGGAAGGCAUACCAGUAGUCUGAGUGGGGCUACAAAUGUACCGUCUUCGGUUGGAGCAAGAAAUCAAUCACCUCAAAUUGCAUCCUCAGUCCAACAAGAGGCAAAAGAUCAAACAAUAAAAGGUCGAAAGAAAGAAUAUUCCAGUAUAGCAGAACAAAAACGAAAAUAUCGUUUACACGUUAAGCAAAACAUCUGCUUGCAUAGAAUCCGAUUCAAUAUGCCCGAGAAAAAGAAAGACGAAACACUAGAAGAAGAAAAGCAUAUGCAAAUUUGA